AUGGCGAAUGACGAGGAAUCUCGCAGGAGCGUGUAUGGAUAUGGACUCAGUGACUCGAUGUGGUGGUGGCACUCAACCCAUGGAAGCGGAAAUAGUGGACAUUUUAUACACAAGCUCCGCCACCGCCAUGUUAUCCCGUAUGGCGUAAUGGCAGCGAGCAACAGUUGCUCCAAAGUGCGGUUGACGGACUUUGCUCCAAGGAGCAAGGCGCCGAAGCUUAGGUACCUAGAUGCCACUAAGCAAAGCGAAGCUCACGGCAGUCCGAUCUUGACGCAAUUGUUGCUCCCUGGUUUAUUCGUUACCAAAGUCUUUCUCGGCUUCAUUCAAAAUCGUCCAGCAUUUCGUCCAGCAUUGAUUUUAGCGCGCAUGGCAUGGCGGGUCACAGAUGAGCAUCAUACAACCUUCCUCUCGGCUCUCCAACAACCCAGAGAAAAUCACCAGACCGAUAACCGUUUCAAGAAUACCCAAAGCAAAGGCCAUGCACCCCAUCCUACCCACCGUAACCCAACCCAACCCAACCCAACAACCCCCCACCUUCCUCGCACCCCGGCGAACCUACAAGCAAGGCACCAGCAUUCCACCAGGAAUCAAAUCUGCCUGGUAGGUAGGCCUUCAACCUCUCAAGAAUUUCAUAUCAAGUUGUCUGCCAAUCUCAAACUCGGCGUCACAUCAAACCACCACCCUAUCCCCCCCCGCCUCGCGCAGUGCACCACGCCACCACCACCAUCUCACCACGCCAAACCCCCCAACCCACCCAAACACGGACAGGAAAAGCCCAUGGUUUCAAAGCCCGGAGGCCGGGCAAGGAAUCAAGGUAGAUGGGCCGAAUUCCGGGCUUUGUGGAAACUCGACAAGAUGCAAAAGGAGUCUAUAUGGCUGGGCAUGAUACGGUAA